AUGGACUACAAUAAGCCUCUCGACCUGCUACACGCGGCCGAGGAGACUGUUUGGGUGAAGAAGGUAAAUACGGCUCGUGUGGACGGACGUAUUUGCAGCUGGGCUUCUGCUUUCCAUCCUGAAAAGCUCGCAUGUCGGCUAGAUGGGGGAUUCCUCAACGGGUCUUACAAUGUUGGCCAAGGGAUUGUUUUUGAUGAUGGAGCAACCUGGUUUUUUCGCCUUCCUCGUGCUAGCAGCAUUUCUCCCGAAUACGCAAACGAAAAGGUGGCUAUGGAGGUCGAAGCCCUUUUUCUCAUACGUGAGAAGACAACGAUACCUGUCCCCAAAAUUCAUGCUUGGGGGUUUGCAGAAGAAAAUCAGCUUGGUUUAGGUCCUUUUAUCCUGAUGGACUUCAUCAAGGGCGUUUGCCUUAACGAUGUGUUUGGUGGGGGCGAUUCGAGGCUUCUCAAGGAAGAGAUUCCUGAGACCGACAUCGAAUACGUUUACAGACAGAUGGCAAAUUUUAUGUUGCAGCUGUUCAAGAUCGACUUCAACCAUAUUGGCAACUUACCGACGCGGAUGACAAGAUUCGCUGCCCCUAGCCGGCCGCUCACGUGGAAGGGGCAUGAGAUUCUGAGGGUAGGAGGUGUGAAUACUUUGGCCCAAUUGUUUGGAUCUGCUCCCUGGUGGCUUCUCCUUGAUCGUCCUGUCAACGACGAGUGGGACUUCGAAGAGGGAGAGGCCCCAAAGGAUACCGAUCGCUACUUCAAAUGUCUCGAGAUCUUCAUACGCGUACUUGAGGAGGAAGAGACGAGGAUGAAAGAAAGUGGCCGGAGAGAACUCACUGAGUUGGUCAGAUGGUCCAGAGACACAGGCGCUAUGUGGCUCCAUAUGCUUCUUUCCAGUGGCUUCUUUGAUUAUCUGACCUUUCCUUGUAUGCAGCUGCGGAAUCACAAGGGCGUGCAGUGGUGGGAUAAGCGUAUGGAGAACCAUGGGGAUACAGAGGAGGUCGAAAAGUUUAUCGCUGAUAAGAUGAAGGACCUGGCAACGUAUGAUGGGAUCAAGGAGAAGGUCGAGCACCACAAGGUCCUCAUGGAUGACAAGGAGAUGUCCGCAGAGGACUUCUCAUUUCAUUUUCAGCGUGUCCUCCAUUCUCGGUCCUGA